AUGGAGACGGGCGUGCAGGCAGCCGAUCCAUGCGAGGCGGCCCGGCAGGUCGAAGCCUGCGCCGCCGCGGCGCGGAGCGGGGAGCUGCUCGUCAUCGCCGACUUCGACCGCACCAUGACUCGCAACUUCAUGCCCGGCGGGGCGCGCUGCACCUCUCCACACGGCGUUCUGGAGGAUGCGGCCGUUCUGUCCGAGACCUUCCGGUCUGCCGCGAAAGAGUUGUUCCAGAAGUAUUACCCCAUCGAGAUCGAUGCCGAGAUGCCGAUCGAGGAGAAGAUACCGAUCAUGAGCGAGUGGUAUGGCCAGGUGCACGAGCUCAUGACCAAGGAGGUCGUGACCCGCGAUGCCAUCCGCGACGCGGUGGCCUCGUGCAGCACCAUAGGAUUCCGCGACGGGAUCACGGAGCUGGUCGCAGCCUGCCAGGGCGCAGACCCCCCGAUACCGCUGCUCGUGAUGUCCGCCGGCCUCGGCGACGUCAUCGAGGAGUUCUUCCGUCAGAGGUUGCCCUUUCCGUUGUCCGCGACGACCAUGGUUGUCUCCAACAGGAUGACGUUCGGCGACGAUGGCCAGUUGGUUGGGUUCUCGGAGCCGCUGCUGCACAUGUUCAACAAGACCGCCGCUUUCAUGGACGACGCGGCGCGCGAGCUGACCAGGGGCAAGCGGCGUUGCCUCCUCCUCGGCGACGGCCUCGGGGAUCUGACCAUGGCUAACGGCUUGGAGGUCGAAACCUUCAAGGUCGGAUUUCUGAACGAAAAUGUAGAGAAGCGGCUAGAGAGCUUCUGUCAGGGUUUCCACAUCGUGGCGAUGCACGACCGCUCUGUGCCGGACAUGGUCUUCCGCGCGAUUGGAGAGGCCCCAGCGCAUGUGAGUGGCGGGGCCGCCAGCGCGGAGCUGCAUUGA